UAGACAGAUGAAGAAAUAGAGAAAAAGUUUGUUUACACCUGAUCAGCUGUUCUUUGAGGUUCCCGCCAUCACCCGGUGGUGGGAGGGAAGGAAAAUUGGAGGAAACGAACUUGGAGAGACGAGAGAGGAAACGGAGGAAGAAUAUUGGAGAGCAAAUGGAAUAGAGCAGGAGCCAUCACCACUGCCACAGAGAGAGGGAGAAAGACACACAGACACACACACACACACACACAGACACACACAGACACACACAGACACAGACACACAGACAGACAGUCAGACACCCACCCACAAUGCAUCUCCGAGUGGGCGUGAUCCCUGGGCGUGUGUGGGCGGCUGGGUGUGGCGGCGGAUGGCAAAACACACACACAUAUACGCACAUACACCCACACGCACACAUACACACGCACACACACUUCACCAUAAGCAUUUCAAGACGAGGAGGAGGAGGAGGAGGAGGGCAGAGACAGUUAAACCACCACCACCACACACCACCACUCCACAUCACCUCCACGCACCACCACCAUCACCGCACCCUCACCACCAACCCACCACCACCGGGAGACUCAGAUUCAGGGAAGAAAAAAUCGCUUGAAAACUCCGACCAUCGCGACGAUUUAGGAUCAAAUACCCCAUACCAGCCAGCCCCAAGGGAGGACCCAGGGCACGUUGGGUUCUUCGGGGCAGCGGCGGGGCUGGCGGGGCGGGGCAUGAGGAGCAUCUCGGGGCAGAAGGAGGGUGAGGUGCGAAAACCGGAUGACUGGAAUGAUAUCCUCAACCGCUGGUAUGGACAGUAUCAGGACUUCAUCGGAAUCACGGACUUGAAGAGAGCGCAGGACAGGGUGACGGAGCUCUCGGACGGGCUUCUGACGGCCCAGAGUGAGCGUCGAAGGCUGCAGGGUGAGAUGGAGAGCCUUCAGGAGCAGCUCGUUGACAACCACCAGCGCAUCACCAAGACGGAACAGUACUCUCAGGAACACAUGCAGCUGUUCUCCGAGGCACGCGUCCUCAAUGAGCGGCUGCGUCAGGUCAGGUCAGAGUUCACGGAGUAUGAGAGGAGGGAGCGAGAGACCUUCACCCACCUGUCAUCCGCCAUCCGGGACUGCCACGAGAGGGAGCGGAUGCAGGCGGAGCAGAGCAAGUACUGGUCCAUCAUCGCCUCGGUGGUGUCGGCGGCGCUGGCAUCCCUCAUCACAUCCGUCAACAACUGGGUGAGGAUUAAGGAGAUCAAGGAGCACAUCACCACCUCACACCAGACCCUUCUCGACGGAUACGAACGGAUGCAGUCGGAAAUCCUCACAUCCCUGGACAACGCCCCCGCACCCGCACUCCCGGACACACCCGCCGCACCCUCCCCCACACCCGCCGCACCCGUCGCCUCACCCACGUCCGAGGAAAUCGCAAAACUGAUGGAAGAAUUCAAGAUAUUUUCCGCGGAUGUCAACCAAAAUUUGACGUCCCUAGCGGAUGAAGUCGUUACCAGGCUCCAGUCCGCCCUUAAUGCUUCCCCAGUGGAUGAGGAUACCCCCCUGCCCCCCUUGCACCCCCUUGCGUCCCCUGGGGUAGCGGGAAAUGGCCCUGGGGUGAGUGGGGGUGAGGUUAGCUAUGGAAGGGUUGCAGCAUCAAUGAUUGUCGGAGCCGGACUUGGGACCUUAGUGACGGCCUUCUUCUUAGGGGCUCUUGGGGGGGGUGCCGGGGCGGGGGGGUGAGGGAGGGGGUGAGGCGCGCACAUACGGUCUUGUUAUGCAUACAUGUACGCGUUUGUUGGUUGUGUGUGUGUGUGUGUGUGUGUGUGUGUGUGUGUGUGUGUGUGUUCUCUCUUUCUCUCUUUUCUUUCCUUC